UUUCUGAAAAUAGCUCAGAGGGGGAACACGAGAGUAUGGGAGCUCAGUGCUGCAAAAAACACGGGUUGUUUGCAGGGAUUGCGACACCGAUUGGAAAUUGCCACCUCUGAGAUGUGAUCCUACCAGCUUGACUGCUGUCUAAGAGAAGUGUUUCUUUGAAAGAGUGAACCAACAGUCGUAGAGGAGCAAAUCUUUUUUAUUUACCCUGUAAACAAGGUGAGCUGACUGUCUGCUUUAUAAAGUAUCAAAUGACAUUUUAAAAGGACGGUGACUUUUUUGGGAGAUCUGACAUCUUGAGGGAGCUCCUCUUGCAUUUGGAUCCUAACAACAUGUUUCUCAAUUUUAAUUUUCUCAUUUUCUGGACGUUUGGACAAAGGAUUUCUUCUGGAAUAGAAUAUACUAGUUGUGGAUCUCCUGAGCCCCUGCUGGAAUAAUGGGAGACUUAAGGCAGACAAUUGGGGUCAUGUCACAGACUAUAUGUCCAAGUUCUGCAGCUGCAUCUAAGGAGGACUUAAAAGUACCAAAUGGUGUUCAAAGAGAGAAGAUGCAGAUGAAGAGAGAGAUUUCUCUCAUCAACGGUAUCUGUCUCAUCGUUGGUAACAUGAUAGGCUCUGGGAUCUUUAUUUCACCGAAGGGUGUUCUGAUGUACAGCUCUUCCUAUGGACUGUCUCUGCUGAUUUGGGCCUUGGGAGGAAUCUUCUCUGUGUUUGGAGCUUUGUGCUACGCAGAGCUGGGUACCACCAUCACCAAAUCCGGAGCCAGCUAUGCCUACAUCCUGGAGUCCUUUGGUGGCUUCCUGGCUUUCAUUCGCCUUUGGACGUCCAUCCUGCUAAUUGAGCCAGCCAGUCAGGCUGUGAUUUCCCUGACCUUCGCCAACUACCUGCUGGAAGCUUUCUAUCCCACCUGCCAGCCUCCAUAUGAUGGGGUUCGACUCAUCGCUGCAGCCUGCCUCUGUAUUCUCAUCUUCAUCAACUGUGCUUAUGUAAAAUGGGGAACUCUGGUUCAGGAUGUCUUCACUUAUGCAAAACUCAUGGCACUCCUCCUCAUAAUCUGCAUUGGCAUCCUGAAGAUGGUGGCAGGAGAGAUGAAGAGCUUUGAGAAUCCAUUUGACGGCUCAUCCACAGAUCCUGGAGAAAUCUCUUUGGCUCUCUACUCUGCUCUUUUCUCCUACUCCGGCUGGGAUACACUCAACUUUGUUACAGAGGAGAUUAAGAACCCAGAGAGGAAUCUGCCACUGGCCAUUGCUGUCUCCAUGCCCAUCGUAACCAUCAUCUACCUACUGACCAACGCUGCAUACUAUGUUGUUUUGGACAUGCCGUCCCUGCUGUCUAGUGAUGCUGUUGCUGUGACAUUUGGAAAUGCAGUGCUGGGGCCGUUCAAGUGGAUCAUCCCUGUGUCAGUGGCCAUGUCCUGCUAUGGAGGACUAAAUGCUUCCAUCAUUGCUGCCUCACGGCUGUUUUUCGUGGGAGCCAGAGAAGGACACCUUCCAGAUAGCCUCAGCCUGAUCCACGUGCAGCGCUACACACCCAUACCUGCUCUGGUGUUUAACGGACUGAUGGGCCUGAUCUUCCUGUGCGUGGAGGACGUGUUUCAGCUCAUCAGCUACUUCAGCUUUAGCUACUGGUUCUUUGUUGGGCUCUCAGUGGCCGGCCUCAUCCACCUACGGAUUACCCAGCCAGACAGACACAGACCUGUCAAGCUCUCUUUGUUCUUCCCCUUUGUCUACUGCCUGUGCAGCCUGUUUUUGGUUAUUGUGCCCCUUUAUGGAGAUACCAUCAACUCUCUAAUAGGAAUUGCCAUUGCACUCUCUGGAAUUCCAGUAUAUUAUGUGGCAAUCUAUCUACCGGAGGACAGAAGACCCAGAUUCCUGCGUAAACUAAACACUUUCACCACCAGAUACACGCAGAUGAUGCUUUACUGCUGCCUGACCGAGUUUGACUUUGAGGCAGAAGUGCAAACAAGAGAUAAAACAAACUGAGCCAAAACUUAUACCAUGCAUUUGCCAAAAUUUUGGCUCCUGGUUUUGGACAACUGUGAAGAUUUUUCUACUAGGCCAAGUAGAACAAAAAUGGAUUCAACCACAAAAGGAGGAAUUGCUCAAAAACCUUUCUUUUCCAGCUCCAUUCCCACUGAGAUCCCAUUAAAAUUCUGUGAGGAUAUUAAUAAAAUGAUUCAAACAAUCUU